GCUACUGUUUCAACUUCCACCCUACCCCACACUUCUUCUUCUCUUAACUAUAUAUACACAUCAACAUUACCAUAACUUUUAACAUUCAACCCAUAUAUCAAGAACAUGUCUAUUGAUACAUCAGAAAAUCAGAAUGAGAAAGGAGUGAAGCAACUAGUUGAUAAUGGAAUUCAGACAAUACCUAAGAACUACAUUCUUCCUCCUUCAGAACGUCCUGAUAUCAAUAAUAGUGAAGACUCAAAUGUUGCCAAACAAAACCUUCAGUUACCAAUCAUUGAUUUUUCUGAUUUGUUUGGUCCUAAUAGGCCCCAAGUCCUUCAAUCAUUAGCUAAUGCUUGUGAACAAUACGGAUUUUUCCAGGUGGUGAAUCAUGGGAUCUCGGAAGAUGUUAUAAACAAGAUGAUGGAUGUUUGUGGAAGGUUUUUCGAUCUUCCAAUUGAAGAAAGAGGAAAAUACAUGACAUCUGAUAUGAGAGCAGCAGUUAGAUAUGGAACAAGCUUUAGUCAAACAAAAGACAAAGUGUUGUGUUGGAGAGACUUCUUGAAACUCAUCUGCCAUCCUUUGCCGAAUUAUCUUCCUCAUUGGCCUGAUUCUCCCUUGGACUUUAGGAAAGUGGCAGCUACCUACGCAGAAGAAACCAAGCACUUAUUUAUAACAUUAAUGGAAUCCAUCUUAGAGACUUUAGGUAUACUUGAAAACAACCAACAAGUAAUGGACAAUAAUAUUCUCAAAGAAUUGGAAGAUGGAAGCCAGCUUUUGGCAGCUAAUUUCUACCCACCAUGUCCUCAACCAGACCUAACCCUAGGGAUGCCUCCUCAUUCUGCCUAUGGAUUCCUCACACUCCUUCUCCAAGAUGAUGUAGAGGGCUUGCAAAUCCAAUUCCAAGAACAAUGGUUCACAGUUCAACCAAUUAAUAAUGCUUUUGUUGUCAACAUUGGUGAUCACCUUGAGAUUUUUAGCAAUGGGAAAUACAAGAGUGUGCUACAUAGGGUUGUAGUGAAUUCUUCAAAGCGUAGAAGAUCAAUAGCUUCAUUGCAUAGCAUUUCUUUCAACGGUAUGGUGAGACCGUCACCAAAACUCAUUGAUGAAGCCAAUCCCAAACGUUACGCUGACACCGAUUUUGAAACUUUUCUUGCUUACAUUUCAACCAAGGAGACCAAGAGAAAGAGUUUUCUCGAGUCUAGAAAAUUGACUACUAUUCUACAUGACUAGAAAAUCAAUUGUACUAUUUUGCUGUCCAAAGAAAAUGAGAAAAAAGAAAGAAAGUAUUUUAUAUUAAUUAAGUGCAACAUAUUGCACACAAUAAUUGAUUGAUUAGUAGGGGGAAAUUUGUAGGAUUAAAAUGUGUCAUUGGAAGAGAAAUUUUGAUUACACUUAUUUUUCCCUUGUGUUGCUUUAUCAUCCCAAUGAAUAUAUUGUUAGUUCUACUUUAUGUAAACAAAUUUUGUAAGAAUUAUUAAUGAUAU